AUGACUGAAGCUAUCGCACCUGUCGUCCCUUCCCUCGAUGAAAAGCUCCCGGAGUUGUUUGUUGAGGAUGCUACCAAGGAUCCCGCCCUUAUGGGACCUCCUAGUUAUACUCCUAAGGAAGAGAGUAAAGUCAGACUCAAAAUGGAUUUGAUCCUUUUGCCUGUGUUAUGUCUGAUGAAUUUAUGCUCGUUUUUGGACAAGGCAAACACUGCGGGUUUGUCCAAGUCACUCCACCUCACCACGGCUCAAUACAACUUACUAUUGACUAUCUUCUACGUCGUAUACACCAUCAUGCAAUGGGAAUUCAUGCUUCUCAAAUACUUCCCUCCCAAAUACUUCUUAACUUUCAUCGUCACCUUCUGGGGUUUGACUUCAUGUCUUCAAGGUAUCACCACUUCUUACGGUGGUUUAAUGGCAUGUCGUGUGGUUAUUGCAGCUUUGGAAGCUGGUGGUGGUCCGGCUAUUGCCUUUUACUUUACGAUGAUUUACCCUCGGAAAGAUUUCGGUUUCCGUUGGGCUGUUUUCCAAGCGACUUCAUGUAUCGCCAAUGCUUUCGCAGGAGCAAUGGCAUAUGGUCUGGUACAAGCUAAAACCUCUCUCGAACCUUGGAAACUAGUCUACAUCGUAGAAUCUGCCCCAACUUUCCUUUCAGCUAUUCUACUAUUCAUCUUUUUACCUUCCGCACCUGAUAAAUGUAUUUUCCUCAACAAAAGAGAGAAUGAAAUUGCCAGAGAACGUAUAGAGAGGGAUAUCAGGAUCGACGAACAUAAAGGUUUUCGUUGGCCUCAUUUUAAAAAAGCAGUUGUGGAUCCUUGGGUUUGGUGGAUCGCCCUUAUACAUUUCUUCGGUGGAGCAGCUUUCAAUUCAUGUUUUAUUCCCGAUGUCACACAUAGGAAAAGGGAAGGAAAACUAGGAGUCUUCCUCACUGCCAUCAUUAAAGAAAUGGGUUAUACAUCUAUCAACGCUCAAGGUCUUUCAGCUCCACCUUAUAUCCUCGCUUUCAUCUUAGCAGUAACAACAGCAUAUUAUUCUGAUAAACUUUCCAUUAGAGGUUAUUUCAUAGCUAUCGCCAAUUUGAUAGGUGCGGUAGGAUACAUUGUGAUAGCUUUCGCUGGACCUACCGGAGCGAGAUAUUUCGCUACUUACAUUACUGUUAUUGGUGUUUAUGUUGGACAACCUUUGAUGUUUUCAUGGUGCGCAGCAAACGCUUCUUCCGAUUCUAAACGUGCAGUCUCUUUAGUCAUCUUCCUCAUGACAGGUCAAUGCGGUUCAAUCUUAGGUUCGAACGUAUACAACGAUCCACCACGUUAUCAUAAAGGUAAUGGAGUUUGUGCAGGUGGUUUAUUCGCAGAUUGUGUACUCUGUAUAACAGGUGUGAUUUAUUUAAAAUGGAGGAAUCAUAAAAAAGAUUUAAAAUAUGGUAAACCUGAUCCGGACGCUCAAAUCAUUCCUACGGAAGAUGGGACUGAUCAUCCUGCUUUCCGAUAUGUUCUUUAG